CGUUGGUUGCUCUUGUUAUUUGUGCUUAUUUCUCGGUGGUUUUUCCUGCUGCAUCUUUGUAUGAUGUUUUUGACUUGUUGAAACGAAGAGCGUUGCAUAAAGUAAACGUCGUGUUGUUGUCAGAGUCAGACAACCCCAGAAACAGAAGCCUCUCAAGUGAAGUGUGCCCUCCCAAAACAUUCCAGAGGUCCAAUGCCGUGCAAGAUUCGCCUUUCACCGAGUCCCUCUUUUCCCUUUUAGAGGAACCCAGAGCCACUUUCCCCCCAAAAUCAACUUCUUAUACCCCUGUACCCUCCAUAAAAUAUCUCUCUCUCUCUCUCUCUUCCUCUACGCUCGUUCUUCAAAAAGCAUCCAAACCUCUCUCUAGACUCGUACACAUACUCUUAGAGAGAGAGAGAGAGAGAGAGGGAGAGGGAGAGAUGAAGGGGACAUCGCAGGUGAUCAUGGGAGCAACGCUGGUGAUGGCGGGAAGCCUCGCCAUCGUGCUGGGCCUCGUCCUUGUUCUUCUGGCCGAGCUCUACUGCUCUCUCCUGCUUCGCCGGCGCAGGCUCCAGAAGACCGCCGCCACCUCGAACGCCCCGGUCUCCGCCCCUCCCACCGCCGCUAGCCCUUUCCGAUCCCCUGCCGCGCGCUUCUCAUCUCAGCAGCUUCUACGCGCAGGGCGUCCUCGAUGCCCCCGGAGCCUCCUGUUCCCCGCGGUUUCCCCCGACCCCAGCCGGGCAGAACCGAAGCCGAGCCCCCGCCAAAUCGGUCUCGCCGCCGCUUCUUCCCCGAAUUUCGCCUCCGUUAGCAUGGCGCAGCAUGUUCAGAACUUCCCCGCGCAAGGAAGUUACAACUGCGGGAUUACAUCCGAACAUUUGGUUUACAUAUCGAACCCCAUCUACGACAAUGACGUGAACUGCCCGAAUCGGCAAGUGAACACUCCAUUUGAGACUCCGGACUCGUCGCCGUCGAGGUUAGAGGCCGGGGCUUCUUCCAGCGACGAUGACAGCAGAGACAUAGAAGAGGCGGAACCGUCGUCCGCCACUCCUCCAUUGACCCCAAUGAAGAAACUCCCCGCUCAGGCCUGCUCUGUUUCAUUAAGAGAUGCAGGGUCUCUGUGCACAUCAGGGAGCGACUCUCAUUCGCAUAGCAACAAUGGCCUCUCGUUCUCGUCCACAGGAACGCCAUCUACUUCUCCUUCAUGGUAGUUUAGCUCAGUUUAGUUCAGUACAUUUUCUGCAAAAAAAGAAGCGUAGAAAUCUGCUAGAAAAUCUGCUCUGUUCCACAACUUUUUGGAGUUGGGUGUUACGUACAUCAGCAAAGUGAUGGUCAAUGGAGGGUGGGUUUCGCUACUUUUUUUCUUUGCAGGCAUGCACAUUGGGCUCGCCCACCUAAGCCACGCUUGUACUGACUGAAACUGCUCUGUUUUUAUUUUUUCUCCUUGUUGUGACUGCUUGCUCCUUUUCUUUUUCUUGGUAUACGUCUCUUCUGUAAAUUAGCAGAGGGGCAGUGCUUUUACUUUU